AUGUCUGCCUGGUCUUCCGCCACGGGCAAGGCGCAGCAGUCCUAUGCCGACCGACUACGUCAAGCUUCCAAGUCGAACGCGCCAGCCAAGCACGACUCUUCCGCACCGAUUACCAACCGCGACGCUCCCCGCGAGGUUGCCAAAGCCAGUCUUUCGACUGCUUCCUUAGCCCAUCCUACUGCUCCGUUGAGGACGCUCUCUUCUGCGUCCUCCGCAAGUGCCAGCGCCGCGUCUGGCAGCGCUCCGAGACUGUCUGCUGUUCCUUCUGAGAACAAGGCCGACUCUCCCUCUGGCGGCGAAGUUACCGCCACACCUCAGCCCAGCGGCGGAUCCACCGUCAAUGUUUGGGAGGCCCGUCGCAAGCAGCUCGCCGAGCGCGAAGCCGAAAAGGAGCGAGAGCGCCAAGCCUCUCUCCCUCAGCAAAGCAAGUCAUCUCCAGCGACAGCACCACAAGCGUCGUCAAGCGCCGGCGCUGCUGCCAACAAACCCAAGCAGACAGCGAAUGGACCAAGAAAGGCCAACGAGCGACACUCGAAGGGCUCUACCUCUUCGAGUCAAUCCGAACGCAAAUCCAAUAAGCAACCAGACACGUCCACAAGUCGCCAUUCCAAAGCUGUGCCAAUAGCGACGUCAAUGACUGACGAAGUGGGCGCUGCACCGCAGACGUCAAACGCCAACAGCGCCGCAUCGUCGACAGACAAGGCUGACACUACUGCUGGACAAGGUCGUGCUACAGGCACCACACUGCAAGAGGAUGCCACCGGUCAAGCAAGAGAGGCGGCUGGAUCGAGAAGAAGGGCGCGGCAAAGCGAACUCGACCAGACAACCCAGGUGCCUUCUGCUGACAGGGCAUUGAAACAGCCAGACCAAGCAGCAAAAGCCCCCGCCGCCGCUCAGACAGCAGCAGCACAGGUGCCGCCCUCUUCCGCUCUGUCACUUCAUACUGCUGCGACGCCAUCCGUCCCGCAUGACGAUGCCCCAACAAGCCCGGCCACCGUUGCUUCAGCUAUCGAGGAAGUACUCAAACAUGGAGGCGGCGCUCAGGGCGCUCAGACCGAGGACGACGAUGCUUGGCUAGCAAGGAUCCAUCUUCUGAACGGCGGACAAAACAUGCCCAAGUUUGGCGGCUUUGGUACCAAUGGCUCGGCAGCACAGACCGACGACGAAGCCGAGAAGCAGGCUGCCAAGAAAGCAGAGCGUGCCGUGGCCGCCGCCUGGGGCGCAGGAAAAAAUGUCUGGAGCAAGUCGCAGCAGCAGACGCAGCACGAUCAACAGGCGAGCCAUCAGGAUGCUAGCAAGGAUGAAGCAUCCGCUGCGAUUUCCAGUGGUGAUGCAACGAAAAACUCAAGUUCCGCAGACGGCGCAUCAGUCCAGGCAGGGUCGCCACCUGCCUCGGUCAAAGUCAAUGGGAUCCACAGUACCAGCGGCGAAGACGGCAUUGCUGCGGCAACAGGGAAAGAAAAGGCCUCUGCCGCCAAAAGCGGCUCUCAGAACGCCAACAGCGAUGCUGUUCCUAGCAAGAAGCAGACGCAGUCCAAGCCUCCAGCUGGCAAGAACGCCAAAGGAGCAGGCACACAACAACAUAAGGCGGCAGCCACGACCGUGCCAUCGUUCGAGGAUGUCAACAACUGGCCGAGUCCCUUGGACGCCGGCAAGAAAACAGGCGAAAAGCCGAGAGCAAGCGUUGGUUCCAGUGAUCACGACGCUCAAACGCAGCCUGGGACUCAAAAGAGCCUCAAAGAGACGCUCGACGAGCUGCAAGUCCGACUUGCCCCUGGCGCAAACCCACAGCAGGCAGGAGCAACCGCUGGUGGAGCCAAGAAAGGAAAGCAGCAGUGGGUUCCGAUCUUGCCAGAGAUCACGCACGCUUCACACAACGCACCUGGUGCAAAGGGGGCCCGUCCCGCCCAAGAUGCCAAGCAGGGCAAAGGCACCAACAAGCAGCAACAGCAGCGCAAGGAAGGGAACAAAGGCGCUGGACAGUCGCAACAAAGUGGUCAGAGUGCGAAGAAGGACGCUGCCAACAAGGCGAAAGACAAGUCUUCACAGGCAAAGGACGGCGUCAAUCAGGCCUCUACAGGCGUGAAGGCGUCCGAAACACGUGGCAAGAAGGAGUCGCCGGCUCAGCCUACGUCGCAGGACCAAAAGGUGGGUGCAGCAGUACCAUCUGAGGCAAAUGCUGGACCCGAGAUGUCGAGCGCAGCCACCGUCGUGACCGAAUCGAAAGUCGCCACUUCGCAGGGCCAGAGCGCGCAUCCCAAGCAGAGCAGCUCCUCUGCAACCGAGUCUGCAUCUGCCGGCACCGAAGAGAAGCAGACGACCUCGACACCAGCGUCGGCGUCUGCACGCGAUGCAUCCGCGACCAAGCAGUCCCAGCAGGCGCGCACGCAUCUUCGGCCCCUGCCUAACGGCAUCUCGCGACCCAACGGUGUUGUACCUUCCAGAAGCGGCGCGUCUUCGGGAACAGGCACACCGAUCACCAACCGAGGCUCUCCGCGAGGCUCCUUCGUCUCCUCCCCCAACGUCCACCCCAACCACACAGCCCCUUCUCACACAGACAUCGUGCAACCACCACCCAUCUUCUACGGUCCCUCUGGCGCGGCGACCCCGAUGCACGCCAAUUCGUCCACCACCUGGCUCCCCUACACCACGCCCUUCAGCCGUCCCAUCCCGUACCUGUUCGAUACGACGCAGCAAACGGGCGCGCCCCUCCCGCCCGCCCCGCUCGGUCCGCUGCUCACGCAGAUCGAAUUCUACUUUUCACAGCACAAUCUGCAGGGCGACUUCUUCCUGCGCGGCAAGAUGGAUGCGCAGGGGUGGGUGGAUAUGGGUGUGCUCGCGGGGUUCAAGCGUGUUCAGGCGAUGACGGAGGAUGUGCAGACGGUCAAGGACGCAUUGUUGUACAGUGCGGUGUUGGAUGUGGACGGGUGGCGGGUGAGGAGGCGGUUUGGAUGGGAGAUGUAUGUUCUGCCUGCCGCCGAGAUGGUCGAAAGUGAGGUGAACGGUAGACCCAAUGGUGACAAGGCCGAGAAGGAUGGCGAGAAGGUCGAGGGGGAGGACGAGGAGGAGGCAUUGGGCGUCGUAGCUGCCUCUGGGUUCGGAGGCGCACUCGAGGCGUGA